GGCCGGAGAUAAGUGGCAACCAGUCGGUACCUCGCGAGUCCGGGACCGACCACUCAGUUGAUCUUGGCAUGUGGAGGAGUUAGGACAUGCUGCUCAACAUGGCGGCCCCCAUUCGAUUAAUAGUCUGUAUGUUCUGCGUGUGCACGUUUAGCGUGGUAUUCUCGUUUAACUUAGAACCCAGGAUUCCCAUUGUCAAGAAAGGCUCGGCUCACUCCCAUUUUGGGUAUACCGUGGCCCAGCAUCAGAGCGUCGGACCAGGAGCUACUGUCCCUCUGUCUUGGAUGCUUGUUGGAGCCCCUAAAGAUCAAAAUUUGCAGCCGGGAACGAACAGGUCCGGAGCACUGUGGAAAUGCCCGAUCAGCACUAAAACUACUGACUGCGAGCAGGUUCAGACAGACGGCUUCAGGAAUCCGGAAACAGGGCUCUACGACUUUGACUAUUCAGGCGAAUCUUUAACAGAGCCUUCAGAAGAUGAGAUCAAAGAUGACCAGUGGCUUGGUGUUACUCUUAAAAGUCAGAAACCUGGCGGAAAAAUUUUGGUGUGUGCCCAUCGCUACAUGCACAAAGGCAAGGGCUUCCAGUGGGGCUUUGGCCUGUGUUACAUUCUUUCACACCAGUUUGAAGUUGUUGACUAUCUGGAACCAUGCCGAGGCAAGCCUGUUAAUGAAGGUCACCAGCAAUUUGGGUUUUGUCAGGCUGGCACCAGUGGUUUACUGGAUGAUGAAGCAGUACUUGGGGUGCCUGGACCAUACACAUGGCGUGGAACAGUCCACACUUCUAAUAUCUCUGAUGACUUUUUGCUCAAGGAUAAAACACAGUAUUUUGGCCCAGUUACUGAAAAUGACUCUCCUGUGGACAAGUACAGUUACUUAGGGUACUCUGUGACAGCAGGACGCUUCUUUGGUAAUUACAUGUCGUAUGUUGGUGGUGCACCAAGGGCUAAUGGAACUGGCGAAGUUGUGUUUUUUAACCCGGGAAAAGAUUGGUGUGAGUCUUUGCGAGUAGACUUGAUACUAAAUGGGGAAAUGUUUGCUUCAAGCUAUGGAUUUGAAGUUCUCGCUUUGGAUAUUAAUGGAGACAGACGUGAUGAUCUUAUUGUCAGCGCUCCUUUCUACUACACUAGCACUUCCAGUGGAGCUGUAUAUGUUUAUAUGAAUAAUGAUGGAGGUUUUGUUCACAAUCAUCCUUAUACAAAGAUUGAAGGUGCUCCAGGGGAAAGUCGAUUUGGUUUUUCCAUGACUUCUCUUGGUGACUUGAAUCGUGAUGGCUUUUUAGAUGUUGCCAUUGGAGCUCCCUACGAGGGCCGUGGAGCCAUUUACAUAUUCUUAGGAUCUAGUAAUGGGCUAAUCAAGGAACCAGUACAGGUUAUUCAUGCUGAGGACAUGCCUGGAAAGCCUUAUGAUGCAUUUGGUUAUGCCUUGAGUGGUGGUAUGGACCUAGAUAACAAUGGUUAUCCUGAUUUGCUCACAUCAUCUUUCUGCAGUGACAGAGUUCUUUUGAUCAGAGCUCGGCCAAUAAUUGAUAUUCAGACUCAGGUACAAUCAAAAGGACAGCUUCAGAAUAUUGAUCCCAGUAAGAAAGGCUGUGCAGAGGAUGUUUUUGCACACGAAACAUGCUUUUCAUUUAGUGCAUGUUUCAAAAUGGACAAUAAUGCUGGUACAAGAACUGGUCUGCGAAUUAAGUAUACUAUUGAAGAAAGAGUGUAUAAAGACCAACCAAUAGCAAGAAUUCGCUUUGACAAUGGCUUAAGUGAUCAGCCGAGUGUGGUAGAGCGGGAUAUCAACCUCAGGCCAGAAGAUAUGGGCAGAUUUCAGUGCUCCCGGGAAAUUGUUUACCUUCUGGAUUCAUCAAGGGAUAUACUUCGUCCACUCAGAUUCAAACUGUCUUAUGAAAUUAUUCAGAGAGAGCCACGACCUGUUGCUGAAGGGGACCCAAUACCUAAUAUUGAUGACUACCCAAUCCUUAACCAGCAGGAAGCACUUAGGUACUUUGAGGGAACAUUUGCCAAAGAUUGUGGUGAUGAUGAUGUCUGUGUAAGUGACCUUAAUGUAAUUGGAAGCAUUGGUCUAGAACGUCAUGAAAAGAGAGAUCAUUACCUCCUGAGACUCGGAGAACAGGAUGACAUCCCUCUCAAUGUAGAAGUGACCAAUGCUGGUGAACCAGCUUAUCAGUCUGUGCUCCGUGUCACUCAUCAUAAGGCCCUUGCAUUUAACCUUAAAGAAUCACAGGUGGGAUCAUAUCAGUGCUCAACCACAUCUAACACUGUUGUUCAGUGUGGUAUUGGUAACCCUCUGACUGGCACAACAGGACCUCUGGUUUUGAGCUUCAGAGAAUCUGGCCAUCCAUUUGAUUCUAGAUUCAUUCUUUUUACUGUAGCUGCUGACUCAUCAUCCACAGAAAAGACACCCCAGGAUCCAUUGCAGUUCCAUGUAGAAGUAAUUAAGAAAGCAGAAAUAUCAAUAAUUGGAUCUGUGACUCCUGAACAAGCAUUCUAUGGUGGAGAGGUAACGGGUGAAUCUGCAAUUAAACAGUUGGACGAAAUAGGAAUGGAGGUGUCUCACAAGUAUGUAAUUGAUAACCGAGGACCUUGGCGUGUGGAUGAGUUGCAAGUAGAGGUCUUGUGGCCACACCAAGUGGAGAAUAAUAAAGAACAGGGCAAAUGGCUUCUCUAUAUGACUGAAAAUCCUAUUGUUGAGGGUGUUGGAGAAUGUGAAAUUGAUCAGAAGUUUAUAAACCCACUGAUUCUUCGAAGAGACAUAUCUAUAACCGAUGCACAAACUGGCCUGGAUGUAGAAGGUGAAAUAGAUCCUUCACAUUAUCCAGGGCCAGACAGUCAAGGCCCUGGUGAACCAGGAGAGAGUGGUGGAACUGGAGCUGGUGUUGGUGGUGUAAAGAUAACAAAGACAACAACAAAGAAGGUAACUAAUACUACAACAAUAAAAAAGAAGACAUCCAAGUCAACGUCCGAGAAGGAGCUCUCUCUAACAACUGAAAAAACAUCUUCAUCUCACGGAUUCUCAUCUGGUACUUCAUCUUCAUCCAGUUUUUCUUCUUCAUCAUCAUCAUCAUCAUCAUCUAAUUUGGACACAUCUGUUGAUCAAGAAGGAAGUGGAUUUGACCAAACCAGUGGUAGAGAAUCUGGAAGAAUACACUCACGAAUCAAUCGAAGGGCUUAUUUUUCCUCAGAUAAGUCAAGAUUUAAUGAGGGUGAUAGAAAAUAUGACCUAAACACAGAUGGAGAGGGUGAUAGUUUUCAUGAGGAGACUCGCACUUCAUCUAGAACUUCACCUGAUGGAAGAACAAAAUUCUAUGAAACACAUCAUGAAAGCAGUAGAACAACUGUGAAAGAGGAAAAGACAGAGGAGGAUAUACCAAGAGGACGGUGGAGUGAUCGUGGUGGAUACAGGCAGGUUCAUGUAGGGACAUCGUCUUCAGGCUUUAGAACUUCUGAUGGUAUUCCUGAAGAUGGUCACUCACAGUGGGAUAAUCAAAAUACUUCACAUUCGGGUGAAGGUGUACAUUAUGAUGCAGAUCGUGGAGCUAAUAUUGGUGAUCUUGAAGGAUCUAGUUCAUCUGAUAGAUAUGACAGGAAAGGACAAGGCUGGCAAGUGCAUGAUAGUAAUCGUAGAGUUGAGUCUGUUAGCAGAAGAACUCAUUCUGGUGGAUAUGGAGGUGCUGAAGAUGACAGUUAUAGAAGAGUUUACAGUGAAGAUAGGCGGAUAACUGAUGGUAAUUCUAGAACACAGACAGCUGGAUAUGACAGAAUACCAGACAGUGAUGGGAGUAGAUUAAAUAUAUAUGGAGGAAGCAGAGAAACUGGUGGUGACAGGGCUGGAUCAGGAAGAGGUGAGCAAAAUUGGAGAGUAGAUGAUACUCAUAGGAUAGACAGUAUAAAUAGAGAAGAAAGCACCAAAAGAAUUGGUGAAGAUUCUUCCACAAGGAUACACACACAUGAAUCUAGAGGAGGAUUUGGCAGAGAUAAUGCAAGAAAUUUCGAUUAUGAUAGCUUUGAUAGGAGGAAAGCCAGUUCUGGUGCUCAGAGAACUUUCACAGAUACUGAUUUUAGAUCUACAGACCAUCAUAGAUCCAGAACUCCUGGAAGUGGUUUUAACAGGGAUAUUGAAGAUGAUACUUUAAUAACUCAUUCAUGGGAGUAUGACAGAGCAACAGUUGGAGGAAGAACUUCUCAUGGGCACAGUAGAAAGCUGGAGGAUGGAGAAAGAACUUUUCAUGGGUCUGAUAGCGAUCUGGAUGGAGGAAGAACUUUUCUUGAGCAUGAUAUAAAUCUGGAGGAUGGAGGAAGGACUUUUCAUGGACAUGACAGAAAUCUGGAGAAUGAUGGGAAUACCAGAACUAUCACUGGCACAAAUGACAGAACAGGAGCUGAAGGUCACCAUAGCUAUUCUCAUGAUUAUGAAAGGAGUCACUUAGCAUCAACAAAUCCUACUACCAAUAUAAGAAAACAUGAUAGAAAUGGCCAACAUAGUCUAACUGAUGGCCAUGCUGGUACCAGCAGGAGUGCCUUUGACUGGGACCACAGAGGAGCAGGAACUGUUGGACAUCAUGGCUAUUCUCAUGAUAACCAGAAUAGACAUAUUCAACAUGGCCAUGUAAGAUCUUCUGAAGAUGGCCAUGUAAGAUCUUCUGAAGAUGGAUACAGAACACAUGAUGAAGACUCUAGAAUUAGACAUGGGAGUAAUGUAGAUUUAAGAACAGACUCAGGGAACUUGAAGACUACUACAUGGGAAUUAAAUUCAGGUUCAAGACAAGACAAUCCUAGAUGGAAUACUUAUUCAUCUCGGACCCAGGGAAGCUCUGAUAAUUGGAAUAAGCCACAUGAUCAUAGAAAUAUUACAGGUGGUUUUGGUGCUAGAGGAUUUAAUCAUUUUGAGGAAUCGGGCCCUGACGAAAAUGGCACAUACACUCGUGUGGAAGUAGAUCCUGAAACAGGCAAAACAACUGUCUACACACGAAGAGUUUAUACCAGUGGUUGGCCAGAAAACUGGGAACAUAGAUCAUACAGUGGGGAGGUCUCAUCUGUAUCUUCGCAAAAUGAAGAUAAGCUGCUGAGGAACAAGAGAGAAUUAAGGCGCAUAAAGCGGGAAAAGGAGCUUAUCAUCAAACCACAGGCUGUAACAGAUGCUCAGACAGGCAAGACAAUGCAAGUUGUGAAUCUGAGAUGUGAUGGAGAUGUACCAACGGCAAAGUGUUUUGUUUUCCGUUGCAAUAUUCGCAACUUAGGUGCCAAACAGUCUGCAAGUAUACGUAUUAAAUCUCGUUUAUGGAAUUCUACGUUGGUUGAAGAUUACCCACGUGUUAGUUAUGUGAGUAUUAAAUCCAAAGCCUCUUUAAUUCUCCCUGAGGACAUUCGUAAAGACCAAGAUCAGUCGGACGAUGUUGCUUCAGCUGAAACCUUAGCAUAUCCUGACCUACUUGACCAACUUCCACCUGAGGAAGUACCACUCUGGGUAAUACUUGUUUCAAUUUUUGCCGGACUACUAGUUCUCAUACUUAUUGUUUUAAUUUUGUGGAAAUUAGGCUUUUUUGAAAGAAAGAGGCCAGAUCCGACACUCUCGGGAAAUCUUGAUAAAGAUGCCAACGGAUACUAGAUUUUACCAUAGAAUAUUUAUGUUGAUAAACAAGUGCCAAUUUAACUUUAGUGUUUCCUAAUGGAAAUGUGGCAGAAAAAUACACAAACACUCAGUAUCAGUGGAGGUUCAUAAUGUCCACUUGCACCUUGAAACUUUGUUAAUACAGUAAAAUGGUCUACACCUCACUAUAUACAGUACAUGAACUUCAAAGAGGUGCUUAAGUCACAACAGUAACAAUUGAAAAUUUAUAGAAGAAAUACCUCAGAACCCUUUGCUUAUAAAAUUUGCAAAUUGGAGGUACUGUACUAUUUAAUAUGUGACUGCUAUUACAAGUGUGUUGUUGCUGCUGUCAUAACUGUGAUGUUUCCUGUGCCUUCAUAUCUCAGACUUUCAGAAGGCUAUUUUGUAGCUGUUUAGGAGUAAAAUAUAAAUGUAUUCAGAAAUUAAUGCUUGUAUAUUAGGCUAUACGUAUCUGGAUUGUUUAUUUUAAAGAGAGAAUGAACCUUGUGGAAAAUAGUGUUGAUGAAGAUGUUAUUUUCUUACAAAUUUCCUGUUGCAUCUGCACUAUAGAUUUUCAUUAUAAUGCAGUAUAUUGAUACUCCAUUUUUUUAAGUCUGUAAUGAGCCGUGUACAAGUGAAAGGUAUGCAAAGAGGAUUUGUUUUUCAUGAUAUUUGUGCACAUGAGAGAUACAGAAGAUGGUGAUUCACUGACAAUAUCAGCUGCUCAUGUUACAAAAGGUUCUACAUUUAUGAUUUGUAACCACACAUGAGUUGCAGAAAGUUGUACGCAAACGAUGCAUAGUUUGAAACAUAGCAGACAUAGAUUUGUGAAGGUUUGAACUUAUGAUGCAUGCUUGUGCACAUAAAGAUACCAAAAGUUUCUUCAAGGAAUGGACAGGAUUAGAUCUGGAAGUGAAGUGUGUGUUAAUCCUGUGCUUUACCACUGUACUAUGAUGGCUACAAUAGGUUAGGCUAUUUUUUUUUUUUUUUUUUUAGGCUUUUCUGCAAGUACUCCAAUUUGGUAUGGGUACUAUAUGUUUCUUAUAACUAAAUUCUGAUCAUCAUCAGUUCAUGUGCUCAGAUUUAGCUCUUGUCUUUUUAAGCCAUUCUCAGUGCUUUAGAAAAAUAAAAGUACUGUAAAUCAUUCAAACUUUGUUAAAGGAGUUCAUGAAACUAGAACCCAAGGCUAAGCCUGUGCUAAUUCUACACUCGGCUGCUGUACUGUGAUGGCUACAAUUGCUUUGAAAGCCCAUUUUUUCAAAUCUUGUCUUUAGGUGUCCCAAACUGGUGUGGUCAUCACACUAGAGUACAGAAUUAGCACAGGCUUAGUCUUAAGUUUGAAUCUUGUCCAUGCUGUACAUAAAUGGUAUACAGUACUGACAAGAUGAAGAAUUAGACAUAUGCAACAUCUUGGUAUCUUUAUUUGUAGACAUUUCUCCAUCUGUUGGCUUUAUCAGUACAAUACAAAGACAUAAAAUGAAGACUGUAGAACUGCAGGUGGGCCCCACUUAUACAGCAGGUGAAGUUCCUGGCUACUUCUGUAAAGUAAAACUCACUGUAAAGUGAAUCAUAGCUUUUUUCACCUCCAAAUGCAUAUAAAAGCCUGAUAACAUGUUUACACUAUCAUAUAUUAAGUGAGCAAUAGAGCUAGGCCUAUGAAAUGCAUAUACAGUACACACAUUAUUUACCUUAAAAUAUUUUCAUCCUUAGCUUAUAGUGAGUGGAGAAUAUAUUUAUUGUAGUUAGUCUUAAUAAAUGAAGAAUGGGUAUAAUGGAAAAUCACUGCAUUAGUAAAAUGCUGUAAAGCGAAGCACUGUAAAAUGGGGCCUGCCUGUACGUACUGAAGAUGAGGUAAUCAGUUCCUCAGCUUUGGGGUUGGUGAAGAGCACAGGAGCCUUGAAGAAUUGCCACUGGAUGGCAAAAAUCUAUAAAUAAAUAUACCCAGAUGUUUUACAUGUGUCUAAUUCUUAAUCUUGUCCAUACCUUGAGUAAGUUUAAUUGUAUUUUACAUUUUCUGAAGCACACUAAAAAAAUUGCACUUGUACUAUUACUGUUUAUACACAAAAAUACAUUGAUAAAUUAGUGAUGCAUAACUAUACAGUAUGUGAGAGGUGCCACAGAUAUUACGCUUAUGAUGCCUAACUGUGUAUUUAAGAGAUGCACCUGGUACUGCUGUCAUGUACAACUGUGUUUGCAAGAGAUUCACAGGUUGUUGCACUUGCAAUAUCUUGCUACUUUUCUAUAUGCUAAGACCCCACAAAAAUUCUGGUGCCAAUUUGAAUUAUUUAUUCAGUACUGUAAUUUAAUGCUAUACAAUCAUAUGAAAACAACUGUGUGAACUUUCAUAUGUAGUCAUUUUGAAUUUAUCUCUAAAGUGAUAUUGUAUAGUAUUCUGAAUGUGUAGGUUGUAGCAUUAUGUUGGAAAUGCACAUCUUUUGUUGUGUUUGUUAGCUGAAUGAGUUGUGUGUAAAUGUAUGAAUGUUUGCAAAAUGCAUAUUAAACUGAGUAUAUACUGUACUGAACUUGGUUGUAAUGCUUUGUCUUUUGACUUGUAAAUAUGUAUAGAUAUUUGGUGGCAAAUGGUGUAUUUGUUAUAAGUAAAGCAUAUUUUUAUCAAUACUGUAGUUAAUAAACUAUUGUCAUAUAGUACAUAUAUUUUUUUUUUACGGUCUGUUGUAGUUGAUUCUCAUACCUACAUAUUCAAUAGGAUCUCACUGUAUAUAUGGAAACAUUUACUUGUGUGAUAGAAUCAUUCACUGUAAUGCCUUUUUUAUAUAUAUUUUUUUUUCAGAGCUAAUCAUUGUACAGUUAUGUCUUGAUUAUCGAGUUAAUUGAUUCCAAAGAUAUCUUGGUAUAUAUUAAUCUUGGUUGUUCAGUGUUCAGCCAGUUGGUAUGAGCCAGAGGUGACUUGUAACCCACUAGCUCUUGGAAAGAUAAUCACCACUUUCUACAUUAAGUGGUGGUGUUAAAAUUUAAAUUAAAGGAUGUUGAUUUAUGGCCAUGAGAUAUCAAUCUUUCCACAAGACUAGAUUCUUUCUGGCUGUGUGUCAAAAUAGACAGGUAGCAUGCAUAAGAUAUCCACUCUUUAGUUUUUAUAUUUAACUUAUCCAUUCAGUGUAACUAAAACUGACUGAUAAGAAAUUUUUAAUAGCAGUCAAAUUAAUGAAGUUUGCAGACAUGUGAGUUUUGAGGGAAGUAUUGACAUGGAUACUACUGAAUUUGCAAGUAAUACUGAUUAGUGUUUAAACAGGGAAAGUGGGAAUUAUACUUCAAGAAUUUAAAGGGUUUUCAUGUCUGGUUCAGUGAAUCAUUAUCCCUGAUAAUCAAUAUUUGACUGUACUUAUAGAGUUUAUAUUUGUUGAAAAUCAAAAGAUUUUCUUCCUAAUUGUGCAGGAUGUAAUGUAUAAAUGUUCAGAUGCAUUGAGUGCUAUAAAUGUAUAAUGAAGAUUAACAAAUAC